AUGUCGCCAACUCCCACCCGUGAACGUCGUUUGUCAGUCGGUACCCCAAUAUCUGAUCUGAGGGGCCCUGUUGGACCUGGUUUCAGUCGCCCAAAGCAUAAACGUACAUUUACCGGCUUUAGCCCUCAGGAUAUCAAAACUGUAGAGGCAAGCAUUCCGGAACCUCAACGGGAAGCUUGGCGCAAGUUUACUGCGAAAGAGUUUAAGACGAAGGAGGAGUUUCAGAAAGAAGUCGUCCGCCAUGUUGAGACGACGCUUGCUCGGUCUCUAUUUAACUGUGAUGAGUUGGCGGCAUAUUCUGGCACAGCAUUAGCUUUUCGAGAUCGACUUGUUAUUGAGUGGAAUAAAACUCAACAGCACCACACAUUCGUGGACCCGAAGAGAGUCUAUUAUCUUUCUCUCGAGUUUUUGAUGGGUCGAGCUUUGGACAAUGCUAUGCUCAAUGUGGGGAUGAAGGACGUUGCAAAAGAUGGACUUCAUGACCUGGGGUUUCGUAUAGAGGACGUUAUCAACCAAGAGCAUGAUGCUGCUCUAGGUAACGGCGGUCUUGGGCGGCUUGCAGCUUGUUUUCUUGACAGCCUGGCAACUUUGAAUUAUCCAGCAUGGGGAUACGGAUUGCGAUAUCGAUACGGCAUAUUCAAGCAAGAAAUUAUCGAUGGAUAUCAAAUCGAAAUUCCAGAUUACUGGCUCGAUUUCAAUCCUUGGGAGUUCCCACGUCACGAUAUCACUGUUGACAUCCAAUUUUACGGCCAGGUUAGAAAAUAUCAGAACGAAGAGGGGAAACAUAUCUAUUCCUGGCAAGACGGCGAGAUUGUUCAAGCAAUUGCCUACGAUGUGCCAAUUCCUGGUUAUGACACGCAAACGACCAACAAUCUCCGACUCUGGUCAAGCAAAGCCGCGAGUGGGGAGUUCGAUUUCCAAAAGUUCAACGCAGGCGAGUACGAAAGCGCUGUCGCUGAUGAGCAGCGUGCGGAAACCAUAUCCGCCGUGUUGUAUCCAAACGACAACCUCGAACGCGGCAAAGAAUUACGCUUAAAACAGCAAUAUUUCUGGUGUGCUGCUUCACUUUUCGAUAUUGUCCGGAGAUUCAAGAAGACGAAUCGACCAUGGUCGGAGUUCACUGACCAAGUUGCGAUCCAACUAAAUGAUACCCAUCCUACUCUAGCCAUUGUGGAACUGCAGCGUAUACUUGUUGAUCAAGAAGGAUUGGAUUGGGACGUGGCUUGGAAAAUCGUAUGCAACACUUUCGGAUAUACGAACCAUACUGUCCUGCCUGAAGCUCUGGAGAAGUGGUCCGUCCCUCUCAUUCAGAACCUGCUGCCCAGACAUUUACAAAUCAUCUACGAUAUCAAUUUGAUAUUUCUUCAAAUGGUAGAGAGGAAGUUCCCAAGGGAUCGUGAACUUUUAUCCCGGGUAUCAAUAAUUGAAGAGUCACAGCCGAAAAUGGUUCGCAUGGCACAUUUGGCCAUUAUCGGUUCUCAUAAGGUCAAUGGGGUAGCAGAGCUACACUCCGAUCUCAUCAAGACGACAAUCUUUAAAGACUUUGUUGAAGUGUACGGCCCAGACAAAUUUACCAACGUGACAAAUGGUAUCACUCCUAGAAGAUGGCUGCACCAAGCCAAUCCUCGCCUGUCCAAGCUCAUUGCUUCAAAACUGGGAGGUUACGGCUUUUUGAAAGAUCUCACUCUGCUCGACCAGCUUGAAAUGUACAUCGACGACAAAGAGUUCAAGGCUGAGUGGGCAAAUAUCAAACUUUUUAAUAAGAUGCGACUGGCGAAACAUAUCUGGGAUUCCAGCGGAAUUCGUGUUAAUCCACAGUCUUUGUUUGAUAUUCAAGUCAAACGCAUUCACGAAUACAAGAGGCAGCAAUUGAACAUCUUUUGGGUUAUCCAUAAGUAUCUGAAAAUUAAAGCAAUGAGUCCCAAGGAACGAUCGAAGCUUGUUCCUCGUGUCUCCAUCUUUGGGGGAAAGGCAGCCCCAGGCUACUGGAUGGCGAAAACAAUUAUCCACCUCAUCAAUAAGGUAGGGUCCGUUGUCAACAGUGAUCCUGACAUCGGAGAUCUCUUGAAGGUCGUUUUUGUAGAGGACUAUAACGUUAGCAAAGCAGAAAUCAUCUGCCCAGCUUCAGAUAUUAGUGAACAUAUCUCCACCGCCGGCACAGAGGCUAGUGGGACAAGCAACAUGAAGUUCGUUCUCAAUGGAGGACUCAUCAUUGGUACCUGUGAUGGCGCGAAUAUCGAAAUAACCCGCGAAAUCGGUGAACAAAACGUCUUCCUCUUUGGUACCCUGGCCGAAGAUGUCGAAGAUCUUCGCCACGCCCAUAUUUAUGAGAAGGGCAACCUCACCCUAGACAGCGACCUGAGUGCUGUCUUUGAUGCUAUCAAUUCAGGCACAUUUGGUAACCCUAGCGAGUUUUCAGCGCUAAUUGCGGCAAUUACUGAGCACGGUGAUUACUAUCUUGUCUCGGACGAUUUCCAUUCGUAUAUCGCAACGCAGGAUAUGGUUGAUGAAGCAUACCGGGACCAGGAUGGGUGGGUGGAGAAGAGCAUUUUGAGUGUAUCGAAGAUGGGAUUUUUCUCGUCGGAUAGGGUUAUUUUGGAGUAUGCAGAGAGCAUUUGGAAUGUGGAACCGGUUGAGGCCAAGUAG